UUCUCUAGAUUAAUCAGGAUGUAUUUCUGCAUAGUCGUCGUGAUCGCCUUGUUUUCACCAAGACAUGUUGUGGGUAAUAAUUCAUCCGUAGGCACACAACUUUACAAAGAUCUACUUUUAAACUACGAGAAAAACGUUCGGCCUGGGAUAAAUUACAGUUAUCCAACCACGGUUGAAUGUGAAUUCAGAUUUGCAGGAUUGAAUGGAUUUAAGGAAAUAGACAGUAAACUCUCAAUAACAGGUGUGUUUGUAAUCCGGUGGUUUGAUGAGCGUCUCAUAUGGAAUCCGUAUACAUAUGGCGGUAUUUACAGCACGCUGCUUCAUAAGGAAUCACUAUGGAUACCAGAUAUAGCUGUAACCAAUGCAUACAGUGGUGUCCGAUUUCUCUAUGGGAUUGACUUCGACAUCAGAGCCUAUUACAACGGAACAAUGGUGAUGGUGACUGGAGACAACUUUGAUGUUUAUUGCGAUGCUGACGUCACUUACUAUCCAGUCGAUAUACAAACCUGUUUCAUGAACAUGGUACUAUGGAGUUCUUUUCCGUGGGAAGUUACUUUUGAAAAGGUCGAUGUGGAUCAUAGCUUGCGUGAUGUUACCACAAGUAAUCCUUCCUGGGACGUGACCGAGGUCAAAAUGUUUACAGAAAUCAAUCCAAAGAUAAAGACAACCAUGUUGAAUAUCAGAAUAAAAUUAAAGCGAUUAUCAGAAUAUAUCGUUAUCAACAUGAUUCUUCCGGUUUCUUUUCUAUGUGUGAUAAACAUAUUUGUGUUUUUCCUUCCGGCCGACUCCGGAGAGAGAAUAGGAUUUUCAAUAACUCUGCUUUUGUCCGUCGCGGUAUUCAUGACAAUUUUAUCAGACUCUCUCCCUCAAUCAUCACGACCUCAGAUAGCAGCCUUAUGUUACUUCCUGUUUUCGCAGCUAAUGAUAAGCAUUCUGAUGAUGAUCUUUACUAUAUACGGGCUGCGAUUUUACUGGAUGGAUCCAGAAAAACCGAUUCCGACGUACAUGAAAUUUGUUUCCCGAGUGAUCGGUAGAUUAGUUGGAUGUCAAUGCUGCAAAAGAAGACAGCUGACCGGUGUUGUUGAGCCAGUACUUACACCAGACUCGGGAUCGGGCGAAAACGGCAAAAAACAUGUUGCGAACUUCGAUAAAAUACCUCUAGAUGCAGAUGAACAUUUCACGUGGCAAAAGAUAGCAAACGAUUUCGAUAAUUUCUGCAUUAUCGUUUUCAUAUUUGCUAUCGUUUUAACAAAUGCUGUAUUCUGUGGAAAACUGUCAUCGAAUCCGGAGCUAUGAAGAUGUUUGUUUUUGUAAACUUUAGGAUGUUUACUGGAGACGAAGACCUGAUAUACGUCAGUUGAUGCAGGGAAAGGCCAUCCGAUAUCCAAAAGGAUUGCAGUUAUUUACACGGACAUCAUUGGCCAUCCGUCAUCCUAAAGGAUUGCAGUUAUUUACACGGACAUCAUUGGCCAUCCGACAUCCAAAAGAAUUGCAGUUAUUUACACGGACAUCAUUGGCCAUCCGACAUCCAAAAGAAUUGCAGUUAUUUAC